AUGAACAUGGAAAAUUAUGAAACUUUGGUGUGGUUUAUAUGGUGCAAGUUUGGGAAUUGGGUUUGGGCUCCAAGGGAUAUCAAUAGUUUUUGGAAGGGGGGAGACCUAUAUCCUAUCGGGUUCAGUCAUAAGCCCGCGCGCGUCGUCGUCGCUGUCCGGCACGAGCCCGUGUCCGAGUCCGAGUCGAUGCGGAAAUGGCAACUUCUGGUACUACACUCCCGAAUACAACCAGAGAAAAAACUAGAGAAAUUUAAUGGGUCGAAUUUUAAGCGUUGGCAACAGAAAAUGCUUUUUUAUCUGACAACAUUAAGUUUGGAAAAAUUUCUCAAAGAAGAUGCGCUCUCAUACACCAAGCAAGAAAGUGACGUUGAGAAAUUGGCUGCGGUUGAUGCAUGGAAGCAUUCCGAUUUCUUGUGCAGAAAUUAUGUACUCAACGGACUGGAUAACACAUUAUAUAAUGUGUACUGCAAUGCGAAAUCCGCAAAAGAACUGUGGGAAUCUUUGGACACAAAGUACAAAAUCGAAGAUGCCGGCACGAAGAAAUUCAUUGCCGGUCGUUUUUUGGAUUAUAAAAUGGUUGACAGCAAGACUGUCAUAUUGCAAGUUCAAGAACUUCAAAUCGUACUCAGCGACAUCCAUGCCGAAAGAAUGAAACUAAGUGAAUCAUUUCAAGUCGCUGCACUAAUUGAGAAAUUACCGCCUUCUUGGAAGGACUUCAAGAAUUAUCUAAAGCACAAGCGGAAGGAAAUGAAACUUAAAGAUAUCAUUGUUCGGUUGAGAAUAGAAGAAGACAAUCGCAAAUCUGAAAAGAGGAGUGGUACAUCUCAUUCGAUGGAAUCAAAAGUCAACACUGUGGAGGAGGUUUAA